ACUCUCAUGUACAUGGGUGCUAAGUGCAAAGUACAUAUAUCCCCAACUACGCAUACAAAACCCUGUAUCUAAACGUCAUCACCAUGGCACUCUCACCAUUACCAUCAAAUCUUCUCCCUCCAACUUCUACUUCUACAACCUCUCCCUCCUUUUCCAUGUUCAACCCACAAACCCACUCUCCAAAUAGUUUCAGUUCCUUAAAUUUCAGAGUAUCUUGCUCUCAACAGACCAUUCAACUCCCUACUCCACAGCCCAAGAAGAAGAGAAAGCCCAAACCCAGUUUCGCUGAUCAAAUUCGCCAGAAAUGGUCCUUGAAAACCCCAAUUGUAAGACAUAAAUUUCCGUGGCAAGAGCAAGAACAAGAAUUACAGAUUGAGCCAAUUGAUGAUGACAAAGAAGAAGAAGAAGAUGAUGAUGAUGAUAAAAGCCAUCAGUCUCUUGGGGUUGCAGUGACAGAGUCAGAUAGUUGUGAGAACUCGUUAUUGAGUGACCAGGUGAGUUUUGUUCCCAUAAAUCGUGCGAUUUCAGCUCCUUGGGUUCAUGGGAAAGAGCCCAAUAAAACCCAGUUUGAUUCUUUUUCGAUAGAUUUAGAUAACAGUAUUGAUGGGUUUCAAAGAGACACUGAAGGCAGUGUUUCUAGAAUUGUGCAAGAAUCAAGUAAACUGGAAAGGGGAGUUGGUUUUGAUGGAAAGACCAAAGCUUUUGUUGAAACAGAUGAAACCUCAAUUGGGUUAUCAGAGAGGAAAGAAAAAGCAGUUUUUAAGAAUGUUAAAAGGGCCUCUUUUAAUGGAAAAUCGGCUAGUGUUAAUCAGGGAGUAUAUAGUCUUGAGGGUUCGAGCAAUAAGAUUGAUUCAAAGAUGUUGCCGUGGGAGAGAGGGAGUGAUUGGGGGUCUGUAGAUGGUGAUAGGCCGAGAAAGGGAAACGCGAUGUUGUCGGAGAAACUAGUACCAGAAACUGAGCUGAGGAGGCUGAGGAAUGUGGCUUUGAGGAUGGUGGAAAGGUUAAAAGUUGGGGCUGCUGGUGUUACACAGGCAUUGGUGGACUCGAUCCACGAUAAGUGGAAGGAGGAUGAAGUGGUGAAGUUGAAAUUCGAAGGGCCUUCGACGCUCAACAUGAAGAGGAUUCAUGAAACCCUAGAGACUAGAACUGGAGGUUUGGUAAUAUGGAGAUCGGGUAGUUCGGUUGUGUUAUACAGGGGAAUGUCCUACAAUCUUCCUUGUGUUCAAUCCUAUGCCAAACAAAAUCAAGUUAAUACGAUGAUUUCACGUUCUUCAAGCGGUAUAGUUAGUGGUGAUCUCACUCAAAGAGUUGGAUUGGAGGACUCGGUCAGAACUGCACUUGUUAAUAAGUCUACAAGACAUUUGAAGAAAUUAUCUGAGAAAGAAAUAACAGAUUUAAGUGAGGUCGACCAUUUGUUAGAGGAUCUGGGCCCACGAUAUAAAGAUUGGUCAGGCCCUGAACCACUGCCUGUUGACGCUGACUUGCUUCCUUCCAUGGUUCCUGGUUAUAAACGUCCAUUCAGACUGCUUCCCCAUGGGUUUAGAUAUUCUUUAAGAGACAAGCACGUGACAUAUUAUAGGAGAACUGCAAGAAUAAUGCCUCCACAUUUUGCCCUUGGGAGAAACAGAGAACUGCAAGGCCUGGCUAGGGCUAUGGUGAAGCUAUGGGAAAUAAGUGCCAUUGCCAAGAUAGCCAUCAAGCGCGGUGUACACAAUACUUGUAACGAAAGGAUGGCGGAAGAACUCAAGAGAUUGACAGGAGGAACACUGCUUUCAAGGAACAAGGAUUACAUUGUGUUUUACAGGGGGAACGACUUUUUGCCGCCAGCUGUAUCAAAGACAUUGGUGGAAGCUCAUAAACUAACAGUAUUGCAACAAGAUGAGGAAGAAAAAAUACGAUCGAAUGCAUCACCCAUAGUUCAUUCAACUACCAAAGCCUCUAAAGUCCAACCGGUUGCAGGAACCCUUUCUGAGACCAUGGCAGCAACUUCACUCUGGGGUGACCAACCUAGCAGCCAAGAUAUAGAGAAAAUGAGGAAAGAUUCAACUUUGGCUAGACAUGCUUCAUUUGUCAGAUAUCUUGAGAUGAAGCUCAACCUUGCAAAGGGGAAGAUAAAAAAGGCUGAGAAGACUUUGGCAAAAGUGCAGGAGUCUUUGGAACCGGCAGAGCUCCCAAGUGAUUUAGAAACCAUUAGUGAUGAGGAGAGAUUUUUGUUUCGUAAGAUCGGCUUGAGUAUGAAACCAUACUUGAUUCUAGGGAGGCGAGGAAUUUUUGAUGGUACUGUAGAAAAUAUACACCUGCACUGGAAGUAUCGAGAGCUAGUGAAGUUACUUGUGGAAAGAAAAAGUUUUCCACAAGUGAAGCAUAUUGCAAUAGCUCUUGAGGCUGAGAGUGGUGGGGUGCUAGUCACUGUAGAUAAAACAAUGAAAGGGCAUGUUAUUAUUCUUUACCGUGGGAAGAACUACCAACCUCCUGUUGCAUUUAGGCCCAAAAAUCUCUUAUCCAGAAGGCAGGCAUUAGCUCGGUCAAUUGAGCUUCAGAGACGCGAGGCACUAAAGCAUCACAUCUCAGAUUUGACAGUAAAAAUAGAGAAGCUGAAGUCUGAGCUGGAUGAUAUGAAGACUGUCAACGAGAUUGAUGAGGAUACUUUCUACUCAAGGGUGGAUGAUGCAUCCUCUUCUGAGGAUGAGAUGGAAGAGGAUGAGGAUGAAGAUUUUGAUGAAGAUGAAGAGGCAUACCUUGAAGUACAUGACAUUGGCAAUGAUGAUAGCAACAUAUGAAACAAGAUGGCCAUUUAGUGUCCAGUGGCUCGAGUUCAGAAUAUUGAACUGAAAGGAAAUUCACAAUUUUGUAGAGGAUCUUUGUGCUGAUGCACAAGCUAGAAGAAUCUAAGAUAAGCACUCCAGAUUAAAUAUGCUUUGAAAGGCCUCUAUGAUUGACAAUGAGAAUCAGAUUUUAGAAAUUCUCAUCUCUCCUUUUGCACUGAAUCCUUGUAAAUUUCAGCUGUGCUUUCAUGUACAAUGAGGACUCCUCAUUCAAUUAUCACUGCAUUGUUCGCAUA